AUGGGUAUCAUUACACUAACUAGGGCUCCGCUUGAUAAAAGGGCCGCAGAACUUCCGCAAGAAUUGAGAGAAACCGGUGGUACCUAUGAAUCAUCAUCCGCGAGUAACACCGAGGCAAAUUCAAUGCGUACGGAUUGGAAAAGGAACUUAUUUUUAUUACUGGAAGAUCCCUCCUCGAGUAAAGCCGCGUUUAUGGUCAACGUUUUUGUUUCUUUUUCUAUAAUAUUAAGUGCUGUGUUGACCACUGUUGAGACAAUACCUUCGUUUAGGUUAACGUCUAGUUCCGUUUGGUUCAAUUUUGAAACCACAGUAGUAUUUAUGUUUACCAUUGAAUAUAUAUUACGAUUAAUAGCACAUUCCGAUUCAUUCAAGCAACUAUGGAAAUUUGUAAAAGCGCAUUUUGAAAAUUUUCAGAAUGAUUUCGUUUUUUCAACCCUCGUAUCGACAUCACCGUCUUCUUUGUGGAAAAUAGCUCCUCUUGCUGUUAUAGAUUUCAUUGCAAUUGCCCCGUACUAUGUAGAAUUGGCUUUUCAUCAUGACACGACCUACGAUUUUCGUUUUACCAUUCUUCGCUUGUUCCGUCUUCUUCGUGUCUUUAAGGCAUUCAAAUACUCUUCAACAAUUAUAAUGACUAUUGAAGUAAUGAUUGUUGCUGUUAAAAGAAGUAUGGAUGCCCUAGGUGCACUAUUCUUCUUUAUGUUCCUUCGAUUCGUUGUUAAACAACGGGUGGCAAAUAAAUUACGUACAUGGGACCAAGAGAAGCAACAAUUUGUUAAUAGUAAAGGAUUACCUAGCUCUUUUGAUAGUAUUCCUUCAGCAUUUUGGUUUGUCAUGGUAACUAUAACCACUACAGGUUAUGGCGACAUGGUUCCCACAACAUUUGUUGGAAAAGUGAUAGCUUUCCCUGCGAUGAUGUGCGGCAUCCUGCUUAUAGCGUUACCAUCCAUAAUUGUUGGAAAAAACUUUACUCUAGUAUGGGAAGCAAUGCGACAAUAUCGUCGCGCUAAUGCCAAUGCACGAGAUCAAACAAACAAUGAUGGCACAAAUAACGAGAGUGAAUGUACAUCUGGUGCAGAUUUACGAACUAGCUUUGAAAGUACACACUCUUAUAUAUCUAAUAUGCCUCGCGGUUAUGAAUCUAUGAAUGACGAGCUGGUUGCUAAUCAAGAUGUGUUACUCGAGCAAGUGCGAACUUUAUUAAAAGUUUCUCAACAAAAUCAGGCUGCUCUUGAACGAAUUCAACAAACGUUAGAACAAAAUG